AUGGAAAUCAAGGACUCCUCUAUCGUCAGAUGGCCACCCAAACUCCGUGGAGACCCAACAACCAAGAACCUGAACGUCUAUUAUCACUUUCAUCGGGACCAUGGUCACAACACAGAAAACUAUAGAAACCUCCACGAUGAAAUUGAAGAACUGAUCCAUCGUGGGUACUUGAAAAAGUACAUUCUACAUGAGGAAAAUGAACAGGGGAACCGACAGGGAGAUCAGAAAAAAGACACCCCAAAGAGCAGCAGACAAAACGAGCAGCCACCUCGCCUGCUACCAGAAGAAAGACCGAUCCGUGGGGUGAUUAAUAUGAUCACCGGGGGAUCUAUUGUAGUAGGGUGCACAAUAGCAGCUGGGAGAACAUCAUUCCGAGAACUAAAGCAUGAAGCAAAGAACCCACCCAAGCGGCCUCGGAUCGAAGAACCAAUGUACUUUACCAAGGAUGAUGCCCAUGGGAUCCAGUAUCCUCAUGACGACACCCUGGUCGUGAAGAUGGUCAUCUAUGACUUUGAAGUAAGGCGGAUCUUAGUGGACUCAGGUAGUUCGGCCGAUAUCCUCUUCAAAGAAACCUUUGACAAGUUGUAG